ACAUGGGAAGAGACCCAAGUUGGAUCGCAAAACUAUCAGACUUGCGAGUUUAACGAAAAGCUAGAAUAUGAUCCACCUGGGUUUGCCAGUAGAUACUGCAAGAGCCCCUACGAAUGGAUGGAGUACAUGCCAGGAAAUUGCAUAUCUGAGACCACUUACCAACUCUCCACCCUUGCAGAGCUAACGGUGACGGCAGACACAGCUUCAGGUUUGGUACAGAACAUAUCGACUGUCCUGAGCAGUGCUAACGAGGAGGACCAGACACCAGAUAACCUUGUGCGUGUCACUGGGGUGCUGGAGGGCGUGGUCGGACUGAUCAAUAAUGGAACCUUUGACAUCGAUGAAAAUGUAAGAUGGGACUAAACUAAAUUAGUCAGGUAUCAGAGCGUCGGUAGACGCUCUGCUACAUAGGGAUGACACGAGUGAAAUCUCACGUGAUCCACGUACAAAACUCAGCGACAAUGACUCACCAUGGCUUCAAAAUCACUAGCAAUAGUCUAGAGGCCAAUAC